UCUAAUUAUACAUCAUGUAUGUUAUCAUCCUUAGCUUUAUACGAAAACCGUAAAUUCCACCGCACCACUGAUCGAAAAUGUUCAUUUUGUUAUUGUGCGGUUUGAUGGUUCCCAUUUCUAGUGAACCUCCUGUGAAUUUUAGUCACCAAACCUCUCUUAAAAUACUGCUGGUCAAGACAAUUGUUCAACCUAGGCUGUCUGACAAGGAUGCGGAUAUUAGCUCUCACAUAAGUAAGCGCAGCAUUGACUCUGAUAAAGUUUUUGACCCUGGUAACAGUAUUGACCCUGGUAACAGUUUUGACCCUGGCAACAGUAUUGACCCUGGCAACAGUUUUGACCCUGGCAACAGUGUUGUUCCUGGCAACAGUAUUGUCCCUGGCAACAGUAUUGACCCUGGUAACAGUUUUGACCCUGGCAACAGUGUUGUUCCUGGUAACAGUAUUGACUCUGAUAAAGAUUUUGACCCUGGUAACAGCAUUGACCCUGGCAACAGUGUUUACCCUGGCAACAGUGUUGACCCUGGCAACAGUGUUGACCCUAGUAACAGUGUUGGCCCUGGUAACAGUCGUAGUCCUGUUAAAAGUAUUGACCCUGGUAAUAGCAUCGACCCUGGCAACAGUGUCGAAUCUGGCAACGGAGAUAAUGCUCGAAGUGAAAAUUUUGAUGAAACCAGCAUUAUCAACUGCUCUAAAAGUGUUGGAGAAGAGGAUAUCGAAACUAGCACUCAGGGAUUAUAUUUUAACCAGACGAUCACGUUUUCGAAUGGGGCUGUUUUAGCAGGUCUAAUGUUGCUUCUCUGUGCACUAUUGAUAAAGAAAGUUACUGCUAACAUGAACAACACUACGGAAGUGUUGAAGAUGAGCCUGAUCGACAAUAAAAGAGAAAGUGAAAGCGGUUGCCAGUGUGAAAGUGAGCGUGAUUCAUGUAGAAGCAAAGUAGGGGACGAAGAAGAUGUGGCGGGUGAAGAAGUUUAACUUUGAUCGGCUGUGUAGAGUGUAGACUAUAAAGGUUAUCAUGAUAAAUAAUUGAACUUGGAUGCUCCAUCUAUGUUUUUGAGAGGUUUUUUUA